AUGGCACCCUCAGUCUACAUCCUCCUGCAGCGCGACACAGAGUCUACAGUCACAAUCACCUCUGUCUUCCUCGAUCUUCAGGACGCCAACGCCGCGCUGCUGCACCUAGCCCAGGAAGCCGGCGUCGACCCUGCGACCGCCAAGCCGGCUUCUGGAACGUCCAGCUCAGACGCCAAGGGCUCGCUCAGCAAGGAACCGCUUCGCUGGGAGGCAGCCGACGGCACAUCUGCCUGGGUUGAGCGCCAUACUGUGACGAAUCGCAAGCAGCAUGCGCAUGGUGCGGCUGAUAAGCCGGGGCUGAAGAGGAAUGAUAGCAGGCUUUAUAUCAACGAUGAUGAGGAUGAUGUAAUUGUGGUUGAUGACCACGAUGGUCAAUACGAUUAA